CGAACACGAUGUUGCUUAUGCUCUGUUUGCUAAUUACAACAACUCUUGCAUCGAAAUGAUCAUCUCAAGAAGGAUCCGAAACCUGCCUGCCAAACCCCUCCUCUGACUUUGACAUAAAGAAUGAGCACAAUGAUCAAAUGUUUGGUGAAGAUUCAGUUACAAAACUUCAAAACAAAAUUCUGGAUCCGAACGAUCAGCUAUCACAAUCUCCGGACAUGACCAAAGAGGAUGCAAAAGAAUCUUGGGCGUUCAGAACAGCUGGUGGAUUUGGAUACAGUUUUUCAUUUAUUUUCCUCUCAGAAAUUGGAGAUAAAACCUUCCUUUUUGUGAUCUUAUAUUCAACAAAGAUGAAACCACUUAAAUUACUUUGACUUGCUUCAUUAGUUCUUGGAGGAUUGCAUGUGAGUGGUGUUGUAUUAGGAAAUACUAUCCAAUUAUUAUUCGGAACUCUUUUGGUACAAAUUAUAACAAUUUCUACCUUCUUCAUCAUGGGAAUUUUCUUACUGUAUGAUGUAUACACCAGUGAAGAUGAAGAAGACGUUGAGUCAAAACUAAAAGAAGUAGAAGAAGAGGCGCAUAUCAAUAAAAAUUCUCGCAAAGAAACCUCUAGCACCGACUAUUCUUCUGAUGAGGCCACAAAUGAGAAAGCUCAGACAGCUUUAAGAUUAGAAGAAAAUAUUAUCCAGAAAAUUAUAAACUUCUUUGCUUCCCCAGACUCCGUAAAAGUAGUAUGAACACUCCUUGCAUUUGAAAUGGGAGAUAGAUCUCAAAUAUCAGCAUUUGGUCUCGGUGCACAAUAUAACUUCUUGGUGGUAGCUAUUGCAGGAGCUUGAGGUCAUAUCCUUGCAACCUUAUUAGCUAUUUUUUCAGGAAAGGCUAUAGCUUCUUACACUACAGAAAGAGCAAUGAACACUAUUGGGGGAAUACUAUUUCUGUUCUUUAGCGCCUACAAUGCUCUUGAGCAUCUCUAA